CUCUGGGGCUGAAAGGACCUGUAGCUAGAAGGUCGGAGCCAGUUUCAAGGGGAAGAGCUGCCUGCUGAAGGGGCAGGGUUGCUCAGUGGCAAUAAUGCGACGGCCGAAGAAAGCAUGCACCCAGGUAUUGAUCCUCCUGGCCUUGGCUGCUGGGGCCCUUUUUUUCCUCUUCCAUUACCGGGCCUCAGAACUCCCCUAUAUGACUCAUUGGCAGGAAGAGAGGACCUCUGAGCCCCAGCACCAAAUGGUUCCAGAGUUCCAGCAGCAGCAAAGGGUCCAGGAGUCCAAGCCCCAAGCCCUGCCUGAACGUCCUCUGGUACCCUGCUUUGCCAAUGCCUCUGCACUCAACACAUCUGGCUUCUCAGCCCAGCCCAAGCAUAUUCAGAACUUCCUCCUUUACAAACAUUGCCGGGAUUUUCCGAUCCUUCAGAAGACCCCCCCAAAUAAGUGUACAGGGUCCUCUGGGGCUGUCUUCCUCCUCCUGGCCAUCAAGUCAUCACCUAAGAACUAUGAGAGGCGGGAUCUCAUUCGUCGGACAUGGGGGCAGGAGCGACAGGUCAAGGGAGCCACCAUCUGCCGGCUCUUCUUGGUAGGCACUGAACCAGAUGAGCAGGAGGCUCAAAAAGUGGACAAGCUCCUGGCCAUGGAGGCCCAGGCCCAUGGUGACAUUCUCCAGUGGGAUUUCCAUGACACUUUCUUCAAUCUGACCCUGAAGCAGGUGCUGUUUCUGGAGUGGCAGGCUGUCCAUUGCCCUGAUGCCUCCUUCAUCUUCAAUGGUGAUGAUGACGUCUUUGCCCACACGAACAACAUGGUGGUAUAUCUGCAGGGUAAAGAAGCAGACAAGCACCUGUUUGUAGGCCACGUCAUCAGCAACGUAGGGCCAAUCCGUGUACCAUGGAGCAAGUACUUUGUAUCGGAGCUGGUGAUGAAGGAAAAUAGGUACCCCCCCUAUUGUGGAGGUGGUGGCAUCCUGAUGUCCCGAUUCACGACUCGUGCCAUCCGGCGUGCCUCCCACGUGAUACCUCUGUUCCCGAUUGAUGAUGUCUAUCUGGGAAUGUGCCUGGAACGGGAAGGGCUGGCACCAGCCAAGCAUAUAGGUAUUAGGCUGGUUGGUGUGAAAUCACCGUCAUCCCGCAUAGGAUCCUUCAACCCCUGCUUCUACCAGGACCUGCUCCUGGUCCAUCGUUUCUUGCCCUAUGAGAUGCUACUGAUGUGGGAUGCCCUCCAGAAGCCAAGUCUGGAAUGUAGCAAGUCAGUAUUACAGACCUCGAGGAACUGAGGGUUGGUCCA